CAGAUUGGGUCGGUGACCGGGUCUCCGCUUCUUCUGCCAUCGGCACCUUCCCCUGACAACCUCUCUGUUAUCCGCUCUUGAAAUUAUCAUCACUGUCGAGAAACGAUAAUAACAAUCAUGUCUCUUUCUUCCCGCUGAUUGGUUUCCAGGUCUUCUCCCUUCCUUUUUUGACCUUUCUUUCUCAACAGCGGUGGGGGGUCUUCCGUGACGUUUACUUCCACCUCCUCGGCUUUAUGAUCUCAAGUAAUCGUGUUCUGUCAUACAACAUAAAAGACUUUUUUUGGUCUCUCUUGCACGCGAUCGGCGUUCUCUGUUACAACUUCUUUCCGUUCUAUCAAUCGGUAGGAGCUCCAUCCUUGAAGAAGGUAGAGGAAGACCCAUACUUUGGAAACAGAACGAUGGACAUCACGAACGAGGCAACGGUGGAGGCUUUCUCGAUCGGCCCGUCAACGAUCGUGGGACGAACGAUCGCCCUCCGCAUCCUGCUCUACGGCUCCCUCCACCACUUCCGUCGGCGGUUCGUAGCCCUCCUGCGCGCCGCCGUCCGCCGGCUCCGCGACGACGGGCUGCUGCCGCUGGCCGCCUGGCUCCACCCCCGAAACGCCCAGGGCAUCCUGGCUGUGGUCACCCUCGUCGCCUUCGCCCUGCGUCGAUUCACCAACGUGCGGUCCCGGGCGGAGUCGGCUUACCGCCGCAAGUUCUGGCGCAACAUGAUGCGCAGCGCCCUCACUUACGAGGAGUGGUCGCACGCCGCCAAGAUGCUCGACAAGGAGAUGAUGCCCAAAAUGAACGAAGGCGACCUCUACGACGAGGAGCUCGUCAGGAACAAACUUCAGGAGCUGCGCCACCGCCGCCAAGAGGGUUCCCUCCGGGACAUCGUCUUCUGCAUGCGCGCAGACCUGCUCAGGAAUCUGGGGAACAUGUGCAACCCGGAGCUACACAAGGGUAGGCUUCAGGUGCCAAAACUCAUAAAGGAAUACAUUGAUGAGGUGUCAACUCAAUUGAAAAUGGUUUGCAACUCAGAUUCUGAUGAGUUGCUUUUGGAAGAGAAGCUUACAUUUAUGCAUGAGACAAGACAUGCUUUUGGUAGGACAGCAUUGCUCCUGAGUGGAGGUGCUUCACUGGGUGCUUUCCAUGUAGGUGUAGUAAAGACACUAGUGGAACAUAAGCUACUGCCUCGAAUAAUAGCAGGGUCUAGUGUGGGUUCCAUUAUGUGUGCUAUUGUAGCAACAAGGUCCUGGCCUGAGCUUGAAAGCUUCUUUGAAGAUUCUUGGCACUCAUUGCAGUUUUUUGACCAGUUGGGUGGGAUAUUUACUGUGGUUAAAAGGGUCAUGACACAUGGUGCAGUUCAUGAGAUUAGGCAAUUGCAAAGGCUUUUGAGGCAUCUUACAAGCAAUUUGACAUUUCAAGAAGCUUAUGACAUGACUGGCCGUGUUCUUGGUAUCACAGUUUGCUCACCUAGAAAGCAUGAGCCACCACGAUGUCUUAAUUACUUGACAUCUCCUCAUGUUGUCAUAUGGAGUGCUGUAACUGCUUCUUGUGCAUUUCCUGGCCUAUUUGAGGCUCAGGAGCUAAUGGCAAAAGAUAGAUCUGGAGAAAUUGUUCCUUAUCAUGCACCCUUCUCACUGAGCCCUGAGGACACACCUGGAACUUCAGCUCGUCGUUGGAGAGAUGGAAGCUUGGAGAGUGAUUUGCCUAUGAUUCAGUUGAAGGAAUUGUUCAAUGUCAAUCAUUUUAUUGUCAGUCAAGCCAAUCCUCAUAUAGCCCCAUUGUUGAGAUUAAAGGAAAUUAUCAGAGCUUAUGGAGGGAACUUUGCUGCAAAGCUUGCUCAUCUUGCGGAAAUGGAGGUCAAGCAUCGAUGCAAUCAAAUUCUUGAACUCGGUUUUCCAUUGGGUGGCAUAGCCAAAUUGUUUGCUCAAGAUUGGGAAGGUGAUGUCACUGUGGUUAUGCCAGCUACCCUUGCUCAGUAUUCAAAAAUUAUACAGAACCCUUCUUAUGUGGAGCUCCAAAAGGCUGCUAACCAAGGCAGAAGAUGCACAUGGGAGAAGUUCUCUGCUAUCAAGGCAAACUGUGCUAUUGAACUUGCACUAGAUGAGUGUGUUGCUCUUCUGAACCAUAUGCGCAGGCUCAAGAGAAGUGCCGAUAGAGCUGCUGCUUCCCAUGGUCACACAAACUUCAUGCGACUCAGUGCUUCGAGGAGAAUUCCUUCAUGGAAUUGCAUUGCAAGGGAAAACUCAUCAGGUUCUCUCGAAGAAGACAUACUCGUGGAUGCUGCUGCUUCAAUCCACCAGGGAACUGCUCCUGUUUGGCAGUUGAACAGAAAUAACCGUACUCAACAAAGCAUUCAUGAUGGAAGUGAUAGUGAAUCAGAAAGUGUAGACCUAAAUUCUUGGACAAGAAGUGGUGGCCCUUUGAUGAGGACAGCCUCAGCUAAUAAAUUUAUUAACUUUGUCCAGAAUCUUGAGAUUGAGUCAGAAUUCAACAGAUCUUGGUCAAGGGAAGAAGAGAUCAAUGCUUUAGUAGCACACUCAAAUCCUAUGGUGAGUCCAACAACUGGUAGGGAUCCUUAUAAUAACAACUCCAGAGUAGCAACCCCUGACAGAAACUCGGAGAAUACAGAUCCUGAAAAUAGCAAUAGGGUUCCAGUUGCUGCUUCCACCAGCAUUAUGGUUUCUGAAGGAGACCUUUUGCAACCCGAAAAGAUUCAAAAUGGGAUUGUGUUUAAUAUUGUAAAGAAGGAAACACUGCUUGUACAUAGGGGCAGCGACUCUGAACAGCAGCAAGACUCUUCUAGAGAAGCAGACGUGGAUAAUCUACAAAUGGAUAUUUGUGAUGUCAGUACAGCUUCUGAAUAUGUUGAGGAUGAUGCUGAACCCACAUUGAUUUGUGAUUAUAAGUGAGCUUUUCAGAGUGAUGAUAGUGCUUUGGAUCAAGCUGUCUGUAAUAGAUGAGAGCUGCAGCCAUGUCUAACACAAGAUAUGUUGAUUAAUGUUUUUUUAAUGGUUAUUGAUAUAUAUUUGGGCUACGCUGUUGCCCCUUAAUACUUUUCAA